AUGUCUAUAGAAUCAAAAGUUUACGUUUCUUAUAACCAAAUAAAAGAUACUGUUGAACGUUAUCGCAUUAAUGAGGAUUUUAAACCUGACCUAAUGAUUGCAAUAGGUGGUGGUGGCUUUAUACCGGCUAGAAUUCUGCGUACUUUUCUAAAACGUCAAAACAACAAAAACAUUCCUAUCCAAGCUAUAGGACUCUCGUUAUACGAGGAUCUGUAUGUUUCAAACGAAGAUGAACAAGCAGAAAACGCCAAGGCACUCGGAAAAUUGGGAAGUCAAGUAAUAAAAACUCAAUGGUUACAAUUUGGUCCGCCGGUUGCCACAACACUUUUAGGAAAAAAUAUUCUGAUUGUGGAUGAAGUGGAUGAUACACGCACGACGUUGGCAUAUGCAGUUGAAGAACUGAACAAAGACAUUAAAGAACUGAGACAAAAAUUUAUUCUGGAACAUCCGGGAAUGAACCCUCCUGAAACUCGAUUGGCUGUGUUUGUAUUACAUAAUAAGCUUAAAAAGAAACGGAUGGAAAUAUCAGAUGAGUCAAUUGUUAAUGGUGGAAGAUAUUGGGCUGCAAGAGAGGUUCCUGAUAAAUGGAUAGUGUACCCGUGGGAGGCUGUUGAUAUCGAAGAUCAUACUGAAAAAAGUUUGAUCUAUACAUGUAAUUGA